AUGACUUCCCGCAAGCUCCGUGUCGCGUUCAUCCACCCGGACCUAGGGAUCGGCGGCGCGGAACGUCUCGUGGUCGACGCUGCCCUCGGCCUCCAGCGCCUUGGCCACUCCGUAGACAUUUACACGUCGCACCACGACCCCUCUCACUGUUUCGAAGAGACACGCGACGGCACGUCUAGCUCUCAUCCCCCCUUUCCGCGCUCCUACAAAGGCAAAUUCCAUAUACUCCUUGCUCACGCACGCCAGCUGCACUUGACAUGCUACCUUCUUUCGCGCUCCGCCCCAGUGUACGAUGUCUACUUCGUUGAUCAGCUGUCGACAUGUGUACCCCUCCUCCGAGCGUUCGGCCAUACUCGAGUAUUGUUUUACUGCCACUUCCCGGAUAAGUUGUUAGCGGAUGGCGAGUACGUCGCAGGCAAGAUCCGGAAGAAGAACAGCUUGCUUAAGAGAAUAUAUCGGAUGCCGAUGGAUAUGCUGGAAGAGCUCACGACUCGACAAGCAGAUGUGAUCCUCGCCAACUCCAAAUUCACCGCUUCGGUGUUCCGCGCACACUUCACGUCCAUCCGCAUCGAUCCCAAGGUCGUAUACCCCGGGAUCAAUAUAUCCGUCUAUGAGACGGCAUUUGAUUCAUCUGAUCCAGAUAUACAAUCGGUUGCUUCGGACCGACCGACUCUGCUAUCCAUCAACCGCUUCGAGAAAAAGAAGAACGCAGCGCUUGCAGUUGAAGCGUUUGCGCUGCUGCGGCGUAAGCCGGCAUCGACGCCAUCGUCGCCUUGCUCCAACCUACGACUCGUUCUCGCAGGCGGUUACGAUCCCCGCGUAGAGGACAAUCUCCUUACGCUCGCAGGUCUCAUCGACUUCGUCAAGUCGCGAUCGCUUUCCUACGCCAUCACAAAACCUGUUUCCUCUCCCGUGGCACUCCCACCCUUCAAUACGGCCUCCUCCAACCCCGAUGUUCUGUUCCUCCUCAACUUCGCCACCUCCCAGCGCUCCGCGCUGCUUACCGCGCCUUCCACGCUCGGAUUACUGUACACGCCGACAAAUGAACACUUCGGCAUAGGCCCCGUGGAAGCGAUGGUGUGCGGCCUGCCCGUUCUCGCGUGCGACAGCGGCGGGCCGACGGAAAGCGUGGUCGAUCCCUCGUACCCCGGUUCCGGUACCGUGGGCGAGCGUACGGGCUGGCUUCGCAAGCCGGACCCGACAGUUUGGGCAGAAGCGCUGGAGGAGAUCGUGUCUCUGCCGCCUGCCGAACGGGCGGCAAUUGCCGAGCGCGCGAAAGCGCGGGUGAAGGAUAUGUUCAGUAUGGAGGCGAUGUCGAACAGGGUCGAGCAGGCACUAGGGGAGGCAGUUGCACUCGGCCCAGUUGGCGGACGAUGGAUUCUUUGGAUGAUGAUAGCGAUCCUGACGAUUUUGUCGUCGUAUGUUGCUGGGAUCGCCGUUGGUCGAGCGCUGUAA